GUGUCACUUUGGGGAUACUUUUCUUUGUGACUGCCUCAAAGGCGAUGCCACAGGGCAUACGCAAUGGGUGCGUACCACCGUUUGUUCUCAACCAAGGGGCUGAACCUGCCAAAUACAUAGAGGACACGUCGGGAAAAUACACCUGCACUAAUUAUACUGGCUACGAUCAGUAUGGUGAUCUCUGUACCAAGCUAAUUAUAUUCGGAAAAGCCUACCCACGGCCGAUUGUUGAUACCAUGGGUACCAGUUUCGAAGAAGCAAAGGAAAAGUGCGAAAGCGAAAAAUUUGGCGCAACCAUCGCAACCAUCGCAACCAUGAGAGACUUCAUCAACGCAAACGUCAUGAAGGCGACAGAGGAAUAUCUCAUAAAGCAUGGGGAAGAGCAUGAAUUGCUGAUGGCAGAGCACCAAAGCUGUGUCAGUCGGAUGCAUGGCCAGCAGUGGGGGCAUCAGUUCCGGGCGUGUCUCUGUUCACCCGAUCAGGUACGCAGCAAGAUGGCCAUCUGCAAACUCCCCGCUCAGGAGACCCACACACCCGGCGGGGAGAGUCCUUCUCCAUAGAGCUAAGAUCUGGGACAACAUCCAUACCGAUUGUGCAGGACUCGCAGAAAGGAAUAAACGCCUAAAUCAUAUACAAUUGUAUUUAGAUACAGAGCUUAGCGACAGUGCCCAGAUCUACAGGGCGGAGAGUCAAUACACUGAGCGACGGAUCAAAUAUUGGCAGUAGUCUGUGUAAUGCAUGGUGGCAACUUGUGAUUACAACGGUUAACGUAAUUAGAAGUAAGGAAAUCACAAGUCAGUAAAGAUAAAGUCUGAGAUGAUGCCACUGUCUAGCCGCAUUUACUGUGCAGGCUUGGAGAAGCUAUGACGACGCAAAAUGUAAGACGCAUAUGCAUGGCAUGGACCAAUAAAAAAGCAUACAAAUAAGAA